UUCGCCAAGCUAGCCGUCACCAGCAGCCUGAAACGCACAAUGAAAAUUAGCACACGUUAAAGAUAAUCACACGAGGCGCACGUAGACAGCUGCGUAGUCGUUUUCUAAAUUCAAACACGACGAAGGAUUGAGGUUAAUAUUUUCAGUUUUAUUUAUGUGAUAGAUUCGAAAAAAGCUCCAAAGAGCGAGGAUGUUGCUCCCCGUGGGAAGAUAAUGAAGAGGCUGCGUGUUCUGGUCGUGUGCCUCAUUGUUGCUCUCCUAUUCUGGUACCCCAAUAAUCAUGCCAAUUGUUCAGAGCACAGCUUGUCUGACCCAGGUCAGCUUGCUGGGGACAAAGACGACAAUAACAACAACCCUAAUGACCGUAAGCAGGAGCAGGACUCCAUGCAACUCCAGGAGGUGGAGGAAUGGACGAUACCCACCUCCUACGAUGUGGGACUAGAGGCUGAGAAAGCAGCGCACCAUGUACACCAAGAAGAGACUAUAAUUCCACAAGUAGUUGAAGAAGAAGAUGGAACAAUUGCAGACCCAAAGUUUGAUCCUGCACCUGCUGAUUCUGAGCCAGAACUCUCAUCAGAACCCGUGAUUGAGUCAGAGCUGCAAACUGACGCGCAGGUUCAGAACCAGCACAGUGAACAGGAAUCUGUAGUCUUAGAUCCAAGUCCAGAACAGGGUCAUGUAACCAUCGAUACUCCGGAGCUGCUUGUCGACGAGACUGUCGCAAAUCAGCUGCCCCCCAGCUCGGACCCACUCGUACCUGAGGAUGAAGUGGACGACACCCUUACCUCACAGAGUGAUGGCCCCUCUUCUACGAAUGCAAUGCGGGUUGCCAGUGCAGGAGACAAGCCCCCAGCAGACAGCUUUGUCUUUGCUGAGUGCUCUGACUCGCAGUGCGGGGUCAAUCCCCCCAAACUGGCAACCUGUGAAAACUCCUUUUUUGGCAGCCCCCUCCUCAGAGAGGGCGAUAAAGAGGGCCAGCAGUUGGACCAGAUCCUUGAUUCCAGUCUUGAAGGAGUGGAUUCAUCCGUUUCGGGCCACUUGCAACUGCUACAAGAGGAGGAGGAGGAGCAGCAGCAGCAGCAGGAGGGACACGGCGAGGUGCAGCAGGACAACAACGCCUCCUUGCACCAGCAGCAGGUGGGGGAGUCUGUUCCUGGCAGAGAGUCCGAUCCUUCGGUCCCCGGCAAAGAUGACAUCCCGACCUUUGACGAGUGGAAAAAACAAGUCAUGGAGGUGGAGAAGGAGAAAAGUCAAAAUCUCCACACCUCCACCAGCAGCAUCGUCCAACCUGUGAAGAAAGUGCAGAAAAACUUCAAAAAUAACUACGCCUCCGUGGAGUGUGGCGCUAAGAUACUAUCUGCAAACAAUGAGGCCAAGAGCACGUCAGCUAUUCUCAUGGAGAAUAUGGAUCUUUACAUGCUGAAUCCCUGCAGCAACAAAAUCUGGUUUGUGAUUGAGCUCUGUGAGCCCAUUCAAGUUAAGCAGCUGGACAUUGCUAAUUUUGAACUCUUCUCAUCGACACCUAAAGACUUCCUUGUCUCACUAAGUGACAGAUACCCCACCAACAAAUGGGUGAAACUGGGGACAUUCCACGCAAGGGAUGAGCGCAUCAUACAGAGCUUUCCACUGGAUGAACAGCUUUACGCAAAAUAUGUCAAGAUGUUCAUCAAGUACAUCAAGGUUGAGCUGCUUUCCCACUUUGGCUCCGAACACUUCUGUCCUCUCAGUCUCUUCAGGGUGUUUGGUACAAGCAUGGUGGAGGAAUAUGAGGAGAUAUCAGAUUCUCAGUAUCCUUCUGAAAGGCUGGAGUACCUGGAUGAAGAUUUCGACUAUCCACCUGGCUUUCAACCAUCAGAUGACAAGGCGUCUAAAAACUUGCUUGGCUCGGCAACCAAUGCCAUCCUCAACAUGGUCAACAACAUAGCAGCUAAUGUGCUAGGUGGGAAACCUGAGCUGGAGGGCCAAGCAGGGAUUCCAGUCACAGGUAACGUGACGGAAGAACUGUUGACCAACAAGGAGAGUGUACAUGCCACGAAUGCUACACCAGUGGAAACGCCUCAAGACUCGACACUAGAGACACCCGUAAAAUUAGAAGAUGACACGGACCCUCAGAAUGCUGCUGUUUCUUCUACAUCCACCCCAUCCCUCGAACCCAACAUGGACAGACAGAUUGUUACCCUGGUGGAAGAGGAAGAUGAGGACGAAGAACCUCGACAGUCUACUGUCACCUUGUUGGAGGAAGAGGAAGAGGAGAAAAGUGAUGAAAUGGUGGCUAGGGAGACCUCUAUGUACUGUCCUUUCUUGGCUUCAGUGUCCUGCCUCGCCACACUACCGGAAUUGCUUCACCGCUGGUGCGCCGUCGUGUUAGCUGAGGAGAGACUCCGUAAACUUCACACUCAGACAAGCCCUGUUGUAAAGACCCCGAUAUCCAAACCUCCACAGAUCCCCAAUCCCACACCGACACCUACACAGGAUGUCCUUCCCCUCACUGAAAAAACACCAGAGCCCGAGGCACCGCUUCCAGACCAAAACGAGGGUGGACAACAAAGCGAUCUCCCACUCACACCGCACACUCCACCGCUUGACCUGCAGCUGGAGCCUAGUAGGACGUCCACCCUUUUCCCGCACAGCUUCUCGGAUAUCCACAGUUCCCUGACUCCCACCCACCAGGACCUACUAUUGCCCCCCAUCAAGGAUGCUGCCCUGAACCCUGUCUCCACUCCUCCCCUCCAGGCUGCCCCUCUGCCCGACACGCAGCAGUUGAGCGCCACUCCUCCUGCCUCAGUGCCGAGCCCCUCACCACAACUUCCCACCCAGAAGAUGGAUGCUCCUGACACUGCUCUCCCCACCCCAAAAGAACAGGAUCUUCCCACUGCGUCACGACCCGAAGACCUCAUCAUCCCACCCACUGAGCAACUGACCACUCCUCCCGUAAUGGACCCUAACGCAGUUGGGGACCUGCAGAAACCUAACAUAAAUUUAGAAGAACACGUGGACCCUCAAGGAGGAGAACCUCAUCGGGUGGACACCGCAGAGGAUGAACUAUUAAACGGCACCGCGCACCGGGCGGCCACCGAUUUCUACGCCGAGUUGCAGAAUGGCGUGGACUACAACAACGGUGUCCCAACAAGCGGCAGCAGUGCAACGUCCAACGGGGCAGCCGUACACGGCUCCAGCCAGAAAGAGAGCGUCUUCAUGAGGCUUAAUAACCGAAUCAAAGCCCUGGAGAUGAACAUGAGUCUAUCUGGUAGAUACCUGGAGGAGCUUAGCCAGAGAUACCGCAAACAGAUGGAGGAGAUGCAGAGAGCGUUCAACAAGACUAUCAUCAAGUUGCAGAACACCUCACGCAUCGCUGAGAAGCAGGACCAGAAGCAACAAGACUCCAUCCAGGCUCUUCAGACUCAGCUGGGGAACCUCACUAAACUGAUGCUCAAUCUCACAGACACUGUCACACAACUUCAGAAAGAGGUAUCAGACCGUCAGUGCUACCUGGUCUUUUCUUUGGUCUUGUGCCUGUCCCUGGGCCUGCUGGUGUGCGUGCAGUGCUGCCGCAGCUCCUGCACCGCUGCCAGGGCUGACGUGACUGCCGGCGCCUUGGUAGUGCCGCCCAAAAGCAACAACUACCCAAGUCCUAAGAGAUGCUUCUCCUCCUACGACGACAUGAGCCUGAAGCGCAGGGUCACGUGUCCGCUCGUGCGCUCAAAGUCCUUCCACCUGUCAUCUUCUACAGAAGUAGGUCCAGAUGACUUGUAUAUUGUAGAGCCGCUAAGGUUUUCUCCAGAGAAAAAGAAAAAACGCUGUAAAUCAAAGUCUUUGGACAAAGUAGAAACGCUGAAGCCGUCUGGCCCCUUAGUGCCCCUCACUAAUGGGGACAUCAAAUGCAACGGCUUCCAUGCAAGCCCCCACCUUUCGCUCCCAGUCUUUGGGCUUCCCCCUGCCCUGCCACCACUGCCUCCGCCCCCUACUACUACUUCAUCUGCCCCUGUGGAAACCACAUCAUUGCCCCGCUACUCCUCAAAGGAGCCCGUCUCAGAGACACCUAGCUCCAGCUCGUCAACCCACUCCGAGGAUUCAUUCACCGUGCGCUUGCCGCCUCCUUCGCCCGCCUUCUCCUACGCCGAGCUGCCCCCAACGACGUCCCUUCAGUCAGCGCGUCCGCCGUCCAAGUCCCGGCAAGAGAGGCGCUCCACCAAGCGACGAAAGUCACGGCACGCCGAGCUAGCGGACAAUCGCGCGGCUUCGCUGUCCGGCCUGCAACACCUCAUGAAGAGCAGCAAAGAACUCAGCAUCGGCACCAUCCAGGUGACCGCGUUCAGCGGGCAAGUCUGAACCGCAUCAUCCCAAAGAACCGCAUUCGCCCUCCUCCACUCCCAUCAAACAGACCUUUUAACGGUUACGUGCCUUUAUUGCCCCCUUUUGAAUUUGUGUUCAAAACACAAAUGUUUGUUUGCGUGGACAAGUUUAGUUAAAGUAUCCACAAAGUAUUCAAAGCAUGUCAUAGUGAGAGAACCAAGUUACAAAAUACAUCUUUUCUCUUCUCUUUGUUGCAUUCAUAUCCUUCCUGUCUUGCCAUUAUGACUUCCGGGACCACAGUCUUUGUUCAUAGAUCCCCUCCCAGCUUUUGUCUGACUCCCUCAGCAGCCUGAUGAAGAAAACAACUUUUACGUUUCAGUACGUUUUCAGAAAAGCAGCACACAACGUUUAAAAAAUAUAUAUAUAUUAUAAUAAUAAUAAUAAUGCUCUGAACUCAACAUUUUAUCAGUUUUUUUGGGCAUGUGAGUAACAAAACAAAACUCCAUAGCGUCCUUGAUCACAGGCGAGUUAACUCGCACAUUAAGUUAAUUAUUUUUAACUGUGCAUUAAGUCAUUGUGUUGAUAUAGCUUAAUAUUUCAUUAAUAUGAUUGUACAUUUAGAAAUAAAUACUUCUUUUGAAUUCAUUAUUAAACAGACUGUGAUUGAUUGCAAUUAAUCUCCCAGUUAAUUAUUUUAACUGCAUUAACUCUUGGUCUCUCAUUGACGGCGGUCGACAUCCAAUUCAUUUGAACUGGGAGGGAUGGCAGCGAUCAUUCAAUGCCAGCCUCUCUCAGUUCAAAUUAAUUGGUUGUCUGUCAAUGGCAGCCAAGAAGUUUAUGUAUCUGAUUUCAUUUAUAGGGCAGUACAUUUAAAAUAAAAGUGUGCUAAUUACUACUUUUAAAUUCAUUAUUACACAAUGUGAUUAAUUGCAUUAUUAAUCAUUUUGAUAUUCAUUUUUAUAGAUUUUUAUGAAUAUUAUGAAAUAAUAAAAACAAUAUUAUUCAAAUUGAAUAAAUAACAGGAAAAACUAGUUAUGACCCCCCCAAUAACACGAAUUUAUUCAAAACAAAUACAAAGAUCAGAUUGAUUUAAACUUCGUUCAGAGCGUUUAUUCUUUGUUUUUUUUUAAACCGUACACGACUCAAUCAUUUUUUCGAAAAUUCUCCCAAAAUGUUCUCAGAUUCCGUAAAAUGCAAGUUCCAUCUAUCAUUCACUGCCACUGACAGCAAUAGAUGGGCACUUCAUUUGGAUCUGGAGAAGCCAGCCUCUCCCAGUUCAAAUGAAUUGGACGUCUAUAGCUUUCAAUACAGCCAAUGCGUUGCAUAUUGUUGUUUACUUGAAAUUGCCAACUUUUUCCACACUUUCACCCAUGUCUGUUCUAUCACUGAGCCAACCCAGGUUCCCGCACAAGUUUGAAAGAGCAGAUUUAUUUAUCUAUUUAUUUAUUUUCACACACUGGCUGGCCAGUCUCUGCAGCGGAAACGAGAACAGCAAAAAAAAAAAAAAAGUAAAUAUCUUCUUGUACAUGCAAAUACUCACUGGUACAUGACUUAAGAAAACGCUUGAUCUCACUCUGCUGCUGCUUUCUGAUUGGUGGAAAAGUGCAUGUAUUCUCAUCAGUUGUUAAAUACAUAAAAGGUUUUCUGAUAGGCUCCGAGUGGUUGUCCAUCUUGACAAACUGGGAUACCAAGACCCCACUUUCCCGCCUUUUUUUUGCACAAACUGUGAAGAAAGAUUGAACAUUUAAUCAUAAGCUUUGUGAGUCUGCAUCCGUGUGUGUCCUUUGUUCACUUACUGCAAGUUUUGCGCAGAUUUCGUUUAAAAGGGAAAUUCAGGCAGAGAGGGGUUGUAUUGAACACUAUUCAUGUCAUCGCUUUUGUCCUUUUAACUCUUGUCUGUGGGUUGAUCUGAGAUUACUUUUUUCUGUGUGUUACAAGAGGCGACUUUGAUUCUACUUAACACAGCGGAACAGAGAGGUUGCUCAAUGAGCUCUGUGUGCACUUUUUAAUGACUCCUCAUGCCUUUUUGGAUGUUUAACUUGUUAAAGCAGUCUUUUGUCUUGAGGUUCUCUCUAAUUCCUUUAAAAAGCUGCACAGUAUUUUGUUUUUUGAGCAGGUGUGAAUUACUACAAAAGUUGUAGUGCCAUUAGAAACUGUGAAUUUCUAAAUAAAAAUCUUUUUUUGUCUUUCA